UAUAUGGUGACGUCGCAGGGGCUCAGUCAGUCAGCGGAGAGUCGUCAUUUCAACAGCUGCUUCCCCUCCCACUAGCCCACCCCACACAUCAUUUGAGAAAGAGGAGAGGCUUUGCUGCCUUCUACUGCACUUCAGGGUCGUGUUCCGUUAGACCAGGCACGGAGAGGCCUUUUGCUGCCAUAUUCUGGCAGGAACAACACGCGACAGCCACCCUACUCGCUUACCGCCGAUGUUUUUCCCCCCCCUUUACUUCACUGGACAUACCUCAUGACUGCAGGCGCGCGACGCGGAGUGUGACCGUUGAAGUUCUUGUUCUUUUUCCGUCAUCAUAAAUUCUCAAUUCCCGCCUCUAGCCGCUGUUCAUAUUACAGGCAUCCGCUGUUUAACUGAAGAAGGAGCGAAAGUAGCGGUCUCAGUGGCAGUUAACGGGAGAUGCAGCCUAACGUUAAUGUGUGCAGCGUCAGACAACAAUAGCUCCUGACAGAUGGAAGGAGGGGUUUUGCUCUACGAUUUCAAGAUGGAAAACGAAGAAAUAAGCCUAAGUUCUUGCGAGUAGCGCGAGGGGAAGUGAAGAGGUGGUUUAUCGUCGGUUUUUCGGUGGUGUCGGAAGGAAUGAUGGCGCGCGGUGCGGUUCGACAGACGGCGCGCGCAUCUUUCCACUCUGUCACAGAGUGAGAGCACAGAUACAUCAGUCUGAGGAAGCAGUCGUCCUUCAGAAGGGAACUGCCCCAAAGCAUGACCGUCUGUCACUGGGGAGGGCCAGAGAAACGCAUUCCUGCAACUCUCAUGAACAGUUUGUCAUCCCCCUCGUAGGUCCACCUGCGGCCCUGAACACACCCAUCUGCCAGCUCAGAUAACCCUCAGGCUGUUUGCAACACAUGUUUGAUGUGAUUGGUUGUGACCGCCGCGCUUUGCUAAGCAGCCCCACUCUACAUCAUGCAGUGGCGUCGGCGUCACUGCUGCCCCAUCAAGAUGACCUGGAAUGUCAAGCGGUCACUCUUCCGCACACAUGUAGCAGGCCUUCUCUCGCUGGCCUCAGUCUUUGCCCUCUUUCUCAUCUACUGUCACCAGGAUUUGCUGCAGGGCCGGAGUUGGUUGCGAGACAACCCCUUGGUUUACACCAUGCGGGGUUUGCGCCCCCAAAAGGAGCGUGCGAAGGGAAACCAAAGCUCACUGCGAAGCCUCUGGAAAGACAAUGGUUAUGUGCUCCCCAAACCGUCUGUUAACUUCAAUUUCAGUUCUCACCAGGCUGAGAUCACUGCCCGGGGGAUAGUGGGGUUGGAGAUCUUGCAGAGCGGGAACAACUCGAGCACUAACAGCAACACCAAGAGCUUGCACAGGGAAAUGGGUGUGGGAGGGCGUCUAGCAGCCCAGCCUUAUCACUGGCUGCUUAAUGAGCCCUACAAGUGCAACGAAAGCAGUCCCUUCCUAGUUUUGCUAAUUGCUGCUGAGCCAAGGCAGUUGGAGGCAAGGAACGCCAUCAGACAGACCUGGGGCAACGAGAGCUUGGCCUUGGGUUAUGGGUUUGUGCGACUCUUUCUGUUGGGAAGAAUACCGAAUGGGUAUGCCCAGAGCCCCAUUGAGGAGGAGAGCUUGCAGUACCAUGACAUCAUUCAGCAGGACUUCUUGGACACCUAUUACAACCUUACCAUCAAGACGCUUAUGGGCAUGAGCUGGGUUGCUCGCUAUUGCCCAAACGCCCGCUAUGUCAUGAAGACGGACAGUGACAUGUUUGUCAACACAGAAUAUCUCAUCCAAAAGCUGCUAAAGCCAAACGUGGCGCCUCGACAGAAUUACUUCACAGGCUACCUAAUGAGAGGCUAUGCUCCCAACCGCAACAAGGACAGUAAGUGGUACAUGCCACCAGAGCUGUAUUCCAGCGAGAGAUAUCCUAUCUUUUGCUCUGGGACGGGCUAUGUGUUCUCGGGGGACAUGGCAGCGAAAAUCUACAAUGCCUCGUUGAGCAUUCGUCGCCUUCACCUCGAGGAUGUGUAUGUAGGAAUUUGCCUGGCCAAACUGCGGAUCGACCCAGUGCCACCACCAAAUGAGUUUCUCUUCAACCACUGGAGAGUGUCAUACUCCAGCUGCAAAUACAGUCACCUGAUCACCUCUCACCAGUUCCAGCCCAACGAACUCAUUAAAUACUGGAGUCACUUGCAAAGCAACAAGCACAAUCCUUGCCUUAACAUGGCGAAGGAUAAGAGCGGGCGAACACGCCAUAGGAAGUUGCAGUGGGAAGGUUUCCGGUGAUUAGCCAGGGCUCAGGGUGCAGUAGUGUUACCACAGCAUGUGCAAAAUUCAGCAGUUUAUGAGGUAGGAAACAGCACAGUGUUUUUGGUAUUGUGAAUCAAAACUAUUUUUAUUUCAGAGAGAUGUUAUGUAUUGUAAUCCUGUCUUUUUAAAAGGAAGUGAGAGACAUCUAUGUGUGCAAUAUCUAGCAUGCACAACAAUAACCAUCCGAUGGCGGUACCGCCAUUUUCAGGUGCCAAUUAACGGAGACAUAUUAAGAGGCUGCCGAACUUCCUCUUCAAGCUAACGAUCAAGUGGUAUUACUAAGGGCCGGUUUUAUCAAGAUCCUCACUGUUUCUGUAAACAAAAGAAGAAAAAAUUGGUAAUAUCAUAUGGUGGUGUAUCUGUACUGUGACACAUUUGAUUCUCAAUGAUGUCCACCCCUGACAUUAUGAGAUGAUGUUAAUUUUUCUAUCUACCUAUAACCUGAAAAUGGUUUACAGUUACCAAACCAAAUUAAAAACGGUAUGUGUUAAAGAAAAUAUAUGGAAUUUAAUUGCAUCAUAGAUGUCAGAUAUGAUUCAAAUAAUAUUUUUCAAAGCUUUACAAAGACUAAAUAUACAGGUCUGCCCUUGAUUAGGGCAAGUUAAAACUAUUUAUUAAAUGUAUUUCUUAAGCACAUUGUCUCAGAGGUGUGGUCUCUUCCAGUGUUGUUCAAAUUAUGUGACAUUAUCCAAAUAAUUAUCAGCCUGAACAGAAACCCUAUUUUACAAUGUAAUUAUUUAGAUCAGAACACAUUUUGCUAAGCAAAUUCAAUAAAAUUGUCAUAACCCUCAAACAGACAAUGAAAAAC